ACUGCUGGUCCUUCACCUGACGAUGGUUGGGAGAAGCUGAGUGAGAAACAUAUCGAAGCUGAGUCAAAGAUCCCCGCUCCCGUCUUGUCACCAACUAGACCUGAGCCAUUAUUCAAUAAUGAUGCCGGCUACGUCACUGAGGACCGCUACAGUCUUUCGCAGGGAUCAAGCAAAGAUGCUGGUCCUGGAGAAGAUGAACGGGAACUUACGGAGACAGUAGAAGCGAAUCUGGUCGGAAUCACUCACGAUCUCAUGAUUGCUAUCAGCUUUAUCAAACGUGAGUUUGGCAUUCAUAGCCUUCCUAUUUAG